ACUAUCUUGGGCACAAUUUGUGCCUGUCAUGUAGAGGCCUCACAACAUGCAAGCCAACUAUAUGAAGCGCCCAGGCCCUUCUCGUUUCUCUAGGCAUUCUUGAUUGUCUCCCUACUUAUACAACUUGAUGCGCUGGUGGCAGACAUCUCUCAAGCAUGCAGAACACAGCAGAAUACGCAAUGAGCAAUUUUGAAAGACAUGAUAAUGGUGGGCAUGAAAGCUAUCUCAUUGAUCAGCAAAUUGCCCUCCCUCUUCCAUAUAGCCAUUCUGAGAGUCAUCCAUUUGGUCCAGGCGGCUCAUACCAUUUGUCGCAGCCUGCUCUCCAUUCCUACAUGGCCCAGUUUGGCCCGACUUAUGCUCAACAGUCGAUAUCUCCUAGCAUCCAGCACCUGGCUUCACACUAUCCACCGGGGCCCUCAUUUCCACCGACUCCGGACCAAGCAGGGCUACAAAAUCAAUCCUCACAGUGUAUCAAUCAGCCCCAAUACCUCCAGUCAGCGGCGUAUCUGCCUCUGCGAGAAGCACAUAGCGAGACAGACAUCGAAAACCAAGAAUCUAAAAAUGAGAGAACAAUGCUGUCAGAAGCAAUUGUUCCCGCGCCAGAAGGUUUUCCAAAUGCAGAAGAAUUUGAUCGUUUGAUAAAUGGUUACAUUCAUGACCUUUCUGCCAAAAAACGGGACAAGGCCCUUAUACAUGCCCAAAGGGCAGGGCACAUAAAAAUGAUAUUGUCUGAUCCCAAAAAUACUGCAGUAGAAACUGCACAGUUCCGGUUUUGGGCCAAGAAAAUGUUUGAACUUAGAACAACUGGAGUUGGAUCCUCGAAUUGUAUGAAGAUGAUUUGCCAUGAAGGGAGGCCAGUGGCCGUUCGCGAAAAGCUCUAUAAGAUACUUACAAAAGCACACCUGCAAUGCAAGCAUGGCGGCAGAGACAAGACAUCAGCCAAGGUUCGAACAAACUAUUCAUGGGUACCGAAAGAGCUCAUUUCACGUUUCGUGAAGAUCUGUCCAACUUGUCAAGUUCGCCGUAGAGGGCUGCGUCCUAGGCCCUCUGGUUCUCAAAAACGCUCAGGUCAUCGUUCCUCAAAAACAAAGAAAUCCUCUUCUCCGCCCACUUCAAGACGUGGGUCGGCACUCAAUUCUCAAACGCCGUCACAAGUAUCACAAGCCGAAUAUCUUGGUCAGCUUGAUGGCCAUCAUGAUUGGAUGGACAGCCAACAGAAUGUUCAUGAACGGCAAGGCAUAAACCAGGGCUCAGUGGAGACGCUAAGCCACUUCCCAAAUUCAAUUUCGGCAACAUUAGACCCAUUUGGGGGUGAAAUGGCGAUGUCACCGUCCCAAUUGAAUUACGGUGUUGGAUAUGCAUCCGGGAUUCUGAAAUCCUGAAAGCUUCUUAGCAUAUUGCUUGUGUUAUGUUUCUUUUUUUUUUUUUUUCUUUCUGUUGUUCGGCCGGUGAUCGAGCUGCCCCCCUUCUAUAUUCCAACGAUUUCAUGAUAUAUAAAAGUAAUUUGGAGCUAUAAAGUGUUAUAGCUGAAGCUUGUCAAGUUUAGUUUCUGCUUCCAAAUGUACACAGGAAACACGAUUUUCUUUCUUCCCCGAAGGUGCUACGCCAUGAGACGAAUUUGAAUAAACUAAUUGAAUUUCAUAUGGAGCAAAUUACGACAUUCAGACAUGUGUCGAAAGAUCGAGUCGACACUCCACGCUACUAAACUCCUCACAAACCGUACAGGCCCUACCAGCACAGUAGUAUCUUUGUUUUAAACAGGAAGCGAGAAUUUCUUUCCUUUCAUGACUCUGUAUCUGUUUAGCAGUGAUCGUAAUGUAUG